CAGCUGUCAGGCUAAAGUCCGACGAGCUACGCGCGGCUGGCGGCCAGGAGGAAACGCGGCGCCCGGCCGGGCCCUGGAGAUGGUCCCCGGCGCCGCGGGCUGGUGUUGUCUCGUGCUCUGGCUCCCCGCGUGCCUCGCGGCCCACGGCUUACGCGUCCAUGACUAUUUGUACUUCCAAGUGCUGAGUCCUGGGGACAUCCGCUACAUCUUCACAGCCACGCCUGCCAAGGACUUUGGUGGUAUCUUUGUACGUUCAGGAAGCCGGCAUACAAGGUAUGAGCAGAUUCACCUUGUCCCUGCCGAACCUCCAGAGGCCUGUGGCGAGCUCAACAACGGUUUCUUCAUCCAGGAUCAGAUCGCUUUGGUGGAGAGGGGGGGCUGCUCCUUCCUCUCCAAGACCCGGGUGGUGCAGGAGCACGGUGGACGGGCCGUGAUCAUCUCUGACAACGCAGUGGACAAUGACAGCUUCUACGUGGAGAUGAUCCAGGACAGUACCCAGCGCACGGCUGACAUCCCAGCCCUUUUCCUGCUUGGCCGAGAUGGCUACAUGAUCCGCCGCUCCCUGGAACAGCACGGGCUGCCAUGGGCCAUCAUUUCCAUCCCAGUCAAUGUCACCAGCAUCCCCACCUUUGAGCUGCUGCAGCCGCCCUGGACCUUCUGGUAGAA